UCGUUGGAGCCGGAACGAUAACGUUGCAUUAACCAAGAAUAUUCGGUAGAAGAAACAGACGAUAAGACCGCUUAUCGAAGGUCCGGGUGGGUCCGGGUUUCAAAGUUUGGAGUGUGUAUCAAUUUGAUUCCAGUCUGUUGGAUAGGCUGUUCGUGUUCGAGCAUGCAAUCGCUGUUUUUGAGCGCAACUAAACAUUUAACGGGAAAACCUCUAGUAGAAAUUACUACUCGUCUCCUUUCAUCCAUGGCACAAGCACUGCAAACUCAUGGCGUCGUGCCGGACGUCAUCGAUAAAGCUCCAGAAAAUGUAUUGACGGUCACUUAUCCGAAUAAUCUAUCUGUGGAAAUCGGUAAAGUUUUAACCCCUACUCAAGUCAAAGAUCAACCUACAGUCAUUUGGACUGCGGGUACGAACGAAUAUUACACACUUUGCAUGACCGAUCCUGACGCGCCCAGCCGAAAAGAUCCAAAGUUUCGCGAGUGGCAUCACUGGUUGGUAGGGAACAUUCCCGGCGCGGACAUUUCCAAAGGAGAAGUUCUCUCCGAGUAUAUCGGUGCCGGUCCGCCAAAGGACACGGGACUUCACCGAUACGUGUUUUUGCUGUACAAACAGCCUGGGAAAAUUACGUUCGACGAAAACCGAUUGACCAAUCGAAGUGGGGACAAUCGAGGAUUAUUCUCUAUAAAAAAGUUCGCUGCAAAACACAAAAUCGGCGAUCCGAUCGCGGGGAACAUGUUCCAAGCGGAAUUCGACGACUACGUUCCUCUUUUAUACAAACAGUUGGGAGCAUAAAUUCGUCUCUGCUCGUGUAUAGAUUUUUGUAAAUUUCGAUUUUUCUAUCAAUGCAUUAUUAAAGUUUACGAA